AUGUCCGCAGGCUCGUCAGGAGGACGUCUUUCUUGGCUAUGCUUCUUCACUAGCGCAAUCUCUGUUGUUUUGUUAUUAUUUGUCAUUAAAUGCCAUGACCAGAUUAACAUCAGUCACCUUUUAUUUCUUCUCGUAGAUGCGCUCAUAUCUUCCUUACGCUCCCUUCAUGGUCUUCUGCGCUGCCUAUCAUCAUCAGAACGCUUCGCUGCCAAUCCAGAUUCCGUGCGACAUUUCAAUUAUUGGCUAGACUUAUCAGUAACUAUUGCUACGGAUGCUAUCCAGCUGUUUAACUACGUCCACUUGAUGUUCAUGUCUCCUCUUGGAUUCAACAUUACAUGCUUCUUUUUCUUCUACCACAUCAAAAACGCUUACAGUUCCAUCGUAAAUACUUUGGCACGACAUCGAAAGCACAACCAGAUUUUCUUACAUAUUCAAUCAACCUAUCCAAAUGAGGAGGCCGAAGAGAGAGACCUAUGUAUAGUGUGCUGGGAGAAACUGGGUCGCUCUCGUCGUCUUCCCUGUGGUCAUCAAUUCCACGAUUGGUGUCUGAUGUGGUGGUUGGCGCAGGACGGAUCUUGUCCAACUUGUCGACUAGCAGUUUCUGCUCCAUCACCGGUGAACCAACAACCUCCACCAUCUCCAAGUUCAACAACUACUUUUCGGUUCGGUGGAGGAUUCGGAUUUCUGCGCCUUCCGUCAUUUUCAAUAGAAUUUUCAACAGGAACGACCUUGAGUCCAUUUCUCAGACGACAGGCGCAACAUGAUGAUUCCCAGUUGACUGGAAUGGCUCAUCAGGUUCAUGAGAUGUUUCCUCAAAUGCCUUUUGAGGCUAUAAUGGAGGAUUUGCGUAUAAGUGGAUCAUCGCAGGCUACCAUUGAAAAUAUUUUAGAAGGUCGAAUCGGUUUCAUGGCUGGUAUCAUGGGUGCUGAAGACGGAAUGCGUCCAUGGAGAAUGAAUGGUGAAGCAGGAGAGAAUGAGGAUCUGUUAUUCGAUGAUGAUGACGAUAGCAGUGGUGAUGAUGUUGUUUCGUCAUCUGAUUCCGCAUUGACGAUUUCACCUCCUCAACCCUCGGGUUCGGCGGUGUCUGUGGUCAAUCAACAGUCAGAUAUGGACGUUACACCGUAUCAAGUAGCGAAGAGGGAAAUGAUAGCUAAACACAGAAGGUUGUACAUAGAGUCGGAAAAGGGACGUGAUCUUCGCGAAAAAGGUUUUUAG